UAGCAUAUUUAUGAUUUAUCUUAUAAAUUGAUAAGAUUUUCCAAAAAGGAACUCAUUAACUUAUUAAUUCAACAAAAUAAAAUAAUAAUAUCAACCAAAAAAUAAUAAGUUUGUCUUUGUAUAUCUGUCUAUGAUUCUUUUAACUUGGACCAAACAUACUUUGGUCUAACUUGAAGUCAUAGUCAAAGAAUAGUAUGCAAUCAUUCAAUAUAGUCCAUCAUAGGUUGACUGGUAGUUCUAAAAAAUAAGUUAAGAAUAUCAACUAAAUAAAAUAUUAAUCAUAUCUGCCUAAUUUCUUAUGACUUGGACCAAACGUAACUUCCAUGUAACAUGAAGUCAUAGUCAAGGAGCUGUAUGCAAUCUUUUAAUUUAAUCCAUCAUAGGUUGACUAGUAUACAUUUUCAUCUCAAAGCUUAGGGUUUAUUUAAUAAAUAUAAAUACUAAUUUAUUUAUUUUUAUCAUGCAAUUAUUCAUCACAUAUUUUUAUCAAUACUUUCAUCAUAAUCCAUCUUUUUGAGAAUAAAUAAGUGACGACAUGACUUAUCUUAAACAUAAAAUGAGAGAAAAAAGCUAGUAAUAUAAUAUAAAGUAUUGGUUACGUUAAAUUAAAAAUGAUGUGACACAUUUUAAAAUUUACUUUGGUUUGCCGUCCCUGCAAUGAACCUUGGCUCUUACACUAUUAUCAGAACGUCGACUAACAUACCAUUUUUGCUGUGUCAAACUGUAACAUAAAGCGCAAUGUUGCAAUGCUGUUGUAUUGACGUCACAUUCUCAUAAUGCUUGAGCUCUUUGAUUGCUAUAAAUACAAACCAUACUGACGUGCUAUAAAAAUGAUUACAAAUCCAUUUCUUUAUAUGAUUUUAUAGCUUGCACUGUGAUGUAAGAAUUAUGUAAAUUGUUAAAUUGCAUUAUUCAACUAUAAAUCUAUUGAAAUGGUCCGACAUCCGGUUGCUAAGUUGAUGAUAUUUUAACGAGUAAACAAUUAUACCAUGGCUUUGUCUCUUUAUUAAUUAGGUAAUUAUUGUAGUGAGGGAUAAAAACCUGUUUUUAUUCCCACAUACCAACAACUAUCAAACAAAAGUUAUAAGGCAAAGAAGUCAAACCUAAGAUGUAGAUAGAUAAUUUAUAUACUCUUUAUUGCACACCAAAAAAGUUGUUACGGUGUCGUAUCGUUAAAAAGCGAUCUCUUCCAACCAACCUUCAGAACAUUACUACUACAGUACUAAAACAUAUUAUAUUGAUUGACCAAUAAUUACGUAGGUAAAGUUUAUUAACUAUGUACUUCAUUAUUAUGAUCAAUCGAAUGAAUUAUGAGAACAAACCAAAACAUUGUAAAACUAACUUUCGGAAGCGUAAUAAUUGCAAUCAGGCUGAGUUGCACCAUUUUAUUUAAACUUUAAAAAUCGUCAAAAAUCUGUCUCAAACUCCUGGUGUGGACAAACUGGUCAUUGUCAUAGUUAAGGUCAUAGGUAAAUUGGUGCAAAUCAACCUUAGUCUUAUAUUUUAUAUUAAGUAAAUCAAGAUAAUUAUCAUGUUAUCAUUUCAAGUUUAAUUUAAAACUAAUAACGUCAAAUAUUUUGAAAUGUUAAAUAUACCCACAAAAUCAUGCAAUAUUUACUAUGUUUUAGUUUAAAUCAAAUCGUGAUUUUGUAAUUAUAUUUAAUUUGUCUUCACCGUAGUAUAUUUUCAUACAGGAAUUCGCGUCAUCGCCCCAGUUUUCGUAAAUACCUGAGUGUGCAUAAGCAUUAGGCCCGGCGUGAACGCAAUGCGCAAGCUGUAUAAAUCGACUGCAGAAAGUGAUAAUAUUUUUUCAAUAAAUUUCGAAUAUUAUGUUACAUAAAAAUAUAUGUUCAUGACACAAAUAUUUUGUAUUGAGCGGGAAUCGAACAUGCAACCUCUGUUAUAGCGUACCGAACUACCGGUACGCCACUACUCCAUAGGAGCAUUGUUUUCUCGGUACGUAACGUUUGCGAUGGGCCUAACCUUAUUGCUGAAUUAUCAAUAUUUUCCCUUUAAAUUUGGGGGCUCGCAGUAUGAGCUUCAUUCUGUAUUUCGAAGUGCUUCAGAAGGAGGAACUAGCUCCAGUGACGUCACAUCUUGAGUAAAUUGUGAGUGUUCAAUAUGUCUGACUCAGAGUUUGAAUCCACAUUCGGUGGGAGUUCCACCUCCAUCAUCGCUAACCCUCGUAAACAUACGAAGAAGAGGAAGACUGCGCCAACUUCAUCAAGAUCAGACUCUGAGUGUGAAACUGUGCAGCCAGCAGCGCUGAAAAAGAAACCUGUAGCUUCUAGACCUCGAGCUCCAACGAAGAGUUCUACGGAUCUGUUCGGGCUACUAUCCGACGAAGACGAAAGUGUCGCCAUCGAAAACUCUCAACGACUAAAAGUCGGUCGUCAGCAGCUGGACAGCAGCCUGACCUCGAAGGUGGCCAACGGUGUCGUGCGGCGAACGGUUCCGCUCGAGGGCGCUUAUUACGUGGAGGUGCGUGUUUACAACACCAGGGACGCGCUCAAGACGCCGCCCGCGGAUCGCUACAAGAAGACGCUGCACACGCUGAAGGUUCAGCUUAACACCGAAACAUCGCAGUGGCGGGAUCUUCAAAAAUUUAUGAAGACCACGAAGAAAUUGUUUGAAGACCGCGAGCCAAUAUUUUAUAAUAAUAAAAUAAACUUUAAAUCUUAGUUUUAAGUUAGUUAGUUCUAUUCUGAGAAUGAUUUAAAAUAAAUAGCAUCUAAUAUAUUUUUUGUUGCAUUUUCCUAUAGGCUUUUAAGUUUAGUCAUAUAUGAACAUCAAGAGUUAGACUCUCGUUAAUUUUCUGUUAAAUCUUAAACCUAAAUCUUCUUUUAGAAUUUAUAAGCCAUAGUUUGUUGUAUAAUUCAUAAAUUGUGUAAUUCCCGUUAACUGUACUACGUUAUUGUUUACUAGUAAAAUACCUAAAGACGUUAUUUCAGCUUAAAGUGUAUUGAUAACAUGCCUUUUUGUACUGCUUGUGGUACCCGCGUGGAAAAUACGCAUUGGAUAGGUCACUUGAGGAGUAAUGCGCACAAAAACAAAUGUGCGGUUCCGGUAGAAGACGGAGUACUUAAGGUAACCUCUGCAUUUAAAGGUCGUAUUGCAUCAUUUAGAAUUCCAGCAAAUGUGGAACACGAGUCAACUUUACCGGAUAUAUUUUUAAACAGUAAACGUGGAAAAUUAUGUAGUCUUAUCGAAAAGUCGUUAAAAAAAUACGUAAGUUUAAAGAUAAAUAUUGAGUAUUUUGCUAAUUUCAUUUUACUAAAAAAUGAUUCCCAAGACGUUAAAUCUUUUGCCACUAAGAAUAUAACAAUACAUCGUAACUUUAACUGGAACCAAAUAUUUGACUCUGUUGUUAAUAACUUGUGUAAAAAAGUUGAAGAAUUUCAGGACCGUGACAGUGGGUGGGCCUUUCUAAAUAACAUUUAUGUAGAGAUUAAUAUCAAUAAAUUCGAUCCUUUAAGUGGUUCAGGUUCUAGUUAUAUGGAUUUGCCAUUAUAUUUAAAAAAGAAAAAAGCAUGCAUCAAUAUCCAAAACAAAGAUAGCUUUUGUUUUUUAUGGAGCGUUG